AUGUCUAUGGAACCAGAUACUUCUUUGGAUGAAACUGCUGCAUUGAAUAAUGCUCUACUGGCCACAGAGGGGACUCCCAAACCACUCGAGAAGGCACAUGACCAAGUAUUACGACUAAUUACUGGAGGGAUAAAAUCAAAACCCACUGAUGCAAUGCUCCUGGUUGCAGGAAGAACCACAAUAUGUUCCCUUAUCAAAGAGAAGUCCUUGAUCCUGUAUGGGAAGCUACUGACCAUUCCCACGGAUAAAUUCUUCUGCAAAUAUGAGAAUAGACCAAGACAUCUGAAAGCGCAAUCUGGUCUAAUAAAGAAAGCCAUAGAACUGAAGAAAGCAUUACAAAUCGAUGACAAACCAAAAAGCCUCUCUCUACCCAUGAACCCAUUAGAAUACACUGAUGUAGUGUGUUGCAACCAACUGCUUGACUUCUUUAGGAAAUCAAACACUCCUCCUAAACAAAUGCUCUCACUGUCACUUGAGACAAUCAAUGUCAACUAUCCUGGAGAUCAAUGGCUCCAAGUCUUCACUGAUGGGUCAUACACAGAAAACCAAGCAAACGUUGGUGCAGGUGUCUAUUCUGAACUCUUCUCUUUCUACGCAGCAGCGGGACAUAAUAGAUCCGCUUUUGAAGGAGAAAUAGAGGCCAUUAGGAUAGCACUACGCCAAUUAUGUUGCUUGGAUACGAAAUUCACCAAAGCGGUGAUGCUUUCGGACUCACAGUCAGCAAUAAACUCAAUUGGAAACAGAGAGCCACCCAAAACAGCUGAGAUAAAGGAAUGUAGAAAACUCUAUGAGCUGCUGAGAGAGAAAAACAAAACAGUGGUCCUACAAUGGAUUCCUGGUCACUGUGGCAUUAAAGACAAUGGGCUUGCUGACACACUUGCUAAGAAGGGGACAAAGAUUCUGCAAUGCAUGGACCGCCCGAUGUCUUUCCACACAAUGAAAACUUUAACCAGGAGAGAAUUCAUGACCUCAAGGUGCAAUGGACUUAAAGUUCGAACAAAGGGGAAACAGUGGACAGUGGCACUUACCGACAUAUCCGACUGGCCAAGAAUCGAAGCCGUUGCUGAACUAGACUGGCCAAGAAUCGAAGCCGUUGCUGAGUUUAGAGUGGCACUCUACCACAUAGCCGAAUGGCCAAGAAUCGAAGCCGUUGCUGAGUUUAGACUUUGGCCAAGAAUCGAAGCCGUUGCUGAGUUUAGACUACGUACCGUGACACGGUUACCAAGAAUCGAAGCCGUUGCUGAGUUUAGACUACUUGGCCAAGAAUCGAAGCCGUUGCUGAGUUUAGACUACGUACUAGAGAAACAGUGGACAGUGGCACUCUCCGACAUACCCGACUAG